CUGGCGAAGACCCAAGAGCGAGAAGCAUCCUUCGGCUCAGCCGGUCAGCCCCUCUGCGAUAAGAGGCGCCGGGCGGAGAGAUGCUUCCAUGGGCGGCCACGGCCUCCUCCUCGUCCUCCGCCGCCGGCGCCGCCGCUCUUCUCCAUGCCUCUCCACGCCCCGCUUCCCACCGCGCUGCACUAGCUCACUACCACCAACCCCCUUUUCUUCCGCCGCCAUUCUCCAUUGCGUUCCGUUCCCCGGCACGUGCCCUCCCUCGCAGCGGCGGCGCCUUCUGGGAGGAGCCAGACGACGGCUCCGGGAGCGACUACGAGGGUGAGGGAAAGCAACCGACCGUACACAGAAGCUCCCCUUUCCCUUCCCCCUUCCCGCUCUCCAGGCUCGUUGCAACGCGGCAGCAGGAGCGUGAAGAGCAGGAGCUCCGGAGAGAAAUCGAGCUUCUCUUGACGCCGGAAGAAGAGGCUAUCUUGGAUCAGAACGAGACCGCUGAUGUCACCAAAAUAUCAUCACCGAAAUGGCAUCCGCUUCAUACAUACACGCUGGCGCUGCAGAUACCUCUCAUGGACAAGCUGCUGGAUAAUGGUGUUGAUAUCGAUUUAGUUGAUAAAGAUGGUUUUACUCCUCUUCACAAGGCGAUAAUAGGCAAAAAGGAGGCUGUCAUUAGCCAUCUCCUAAGAAAAGGAGCAACUCCUCAUGUCACGGAUAGGGAUGGAGCCACACCAUUACAUUAUGCAGUUCAAGUUGGUGCCCUGCAAACCGUGAAGCUGCUGAUUAAGUACAGGGUUGAUGUUAACGUUGCUGAUGUUGAUGGCUGGACACCACUGCAUUUAGCGGUACAGAGUAGAAAUCGGGAUAUAACAAAGAUAUUGCUUGUCAAUGGUGCCGAUCAGACAAGAAGAACCAAUGGUGGAAAAACUCCAUUGGACCUCAGCUUAUGUUUCGGAAGGGACUUCAACUCAUAUGAUCUGGCAAAGCUUCUCAAACUUGUUCCAGCCAACAGAGGUGUGUGAGGUUCUGCUCUGACAAAAGUUCAAGGCAAAGAUCAAAUGGCAGCAAGUAGCAACUCUGUCCUAAGGUGAUUAUUCGGAUUGUUCGUGGAGUGCUGGUAUUCCUUUCCACCCAGAUUUCGCAAGCUUAUGUAGAUGGAACCAGAAACAUGUAACCCUACAAGGACGAAAUGGUCGGCGCCAGCCUAUUUGAGGACUCCAACCAACUUGGAACUUGGAAGGUUUGCUCUGGAGUUGUUUUCAUUGACAUGUUGUGUAGUCUGUACAUCAUGCCUUGGAUAAGCAACGGGCAUACACGAAAUCAAACUACUUGACCAGGGUACUUCAAUUGGGUGCUACAACUGUAAGCCUCGGAUGUAAGUGAAUUGGCAACAUUCAGAGACGAAUUGAAGCAACUAGUUACUACAUUAGUUGCAACAUUAUAAAGAUGUGCUUGUAUUUUGUUCAAACUGCAGAAUUCAGAACAAUCAUUCUCUUUCA